CUUGUGCCGCGGCAGCCCGAGUCCUGGAGAGCGACGGCGCGGCGCGCGCAGAGCGCGGCGUCUGCCUGGUUGCUCUGGAGCCGGUUCUCGUGGUUUGCCAGUCGGCGUUUUUCUGUCAGCCUCCUGCCAAUGGGGAGCACGGAGAGCUGCGAGAGCCGCAGGGUGUCUUUCGGCUUGGACGAGGAGGAGCGGGUCCGGGUGCUGCAGGGCAUCCGGCUGUCUGAGAAUGUGGUGAACCGCAUGAAGGAUCCCUGCCAGCCUUUAGACUGCCAGCAGCCCAGCCCUCCAUACUGCACGUGCACCCCUGCAGAAGGUGGCUCCAGAGCCCCUCCGAGAGAAUCCAAACUGCCCCAGUUCGACACCAGUGGUGAGCAGCAGCCCUCCGAGGUGAAGGAGGAUCUCAAGAGGUUCCAGCAGGAGCAGGCGUCCAUCCAGGAGGAGCUGUUCCAGGUGGUGAAGAGGGAGCGCGAGGCCGCCGCCAAGCACCUCAAGGUGCCCCCGCCCCAGGACUCCUCCUGCACUGACCCCGAGAAGCCCAAGUCGGCCCAGCUGGCCCGGGAGCUGGAGAGCAGGGAGGCCGAGCAGCGACGCCGGGAGGCCUUCUACCGGGAGCAGCUGGAGCGCAUCGGGAAGAAGAACGCCGAGAUGUACAAGCUGUCGUCGCAGCAGUUCCACGAGGCCGCGACCAAGGCGGAGAGCGCCAUCAGGCCCCGCAGGGUGGAGCCCGUGUGCUCGGGCCUGCAGGCCCAGAUCCUCCGCUGCUACCGUGAGCACCUGAGCGAGGUGCUGCGCUGCUCAGACCUGGUGAAGGCCUACCAGCACUGCGUGAGCGCCCACAAGGGCUGAGAAGCCGCCAUCGUCAGUGACUUGGAGCCCUGGGGAAAGGGCCAGUCGUGGGACACGGACCCCAAGCCACAGCCGCUGUGCCCUGCCCUCCCGGCUGGGCGUCCACCUGGGCCUCGGGCUGGGUGGCCCCGGGCCAGGGGACAGAGCAUGUGUCACGUGCAGGAGCAAAUAAAGCAGAUGCCUUUGUUUUCA